UCCUUCCAAAUUCUUUCUGAUUGCUGAUUUCCCACCAGGACUUUGUCUUCUAUGCUCCCCGGCUGCGGAUUAACAAGCGGAUCUUGGCCUUGUGCAUGGGGAACCAUGAACUAUACAUGCGCCGUCGUAAGCCUGACACCAUUGAGGUGCAGCAGAUGAAGGCACAGGCCCGGGAGGAGAAGCACCAGAAGCAGAUGGAGCGUGCUAUGCUGGAAAAUGAGAAGAAGAAGCGUGAAAUGGCAGAAAAGGAGAAAGAGAAGAUUGAACGGGAGAAGGAGGAGCUGAUGGAGAGGCUGAAGCAGAUCGAGGAACAGACUAAGAAGGCUCAGCAAGAACUGGAAGAACAGACCCGUAGGGCUCUGGAACUUGAGCAGGAACGGAAGCGUGCCCAGAGCGAGGCUGAAAAGCUAGCCAAGGAGCGUCAAGAAGCUGAAGAGGCCAAGGAGGCCUUGCUGCAGGCCUCCCGGGACCAGAAAAAGACUCAGGAACAGCUGGCCUUGGAAAUGGCAGAGCUGACAGCUCGAAUCUCCCAGCUGGAGAUGGCCCGACAGAAGAAGGAGAGUGAGGCUGUGGAGUGGCAGCAGAAGGCCCAGAUGGUACAGGAAGACUUGGAGAAGACCCGUGCUGAGCUGAAGACUGCCAUGAGUACACCUCAUGUGGCAGAGCCUGCUGAGAAUGAGCAGGAUGAGCAGGAUGAGAAUGGGGCAGAGGCUAGUGCUGACCUACGGGCUGAUGCUAUGGCCAAGGACCGCAGUGAGGAGGAACGUACCACUGAGGCAGAGAAGAAUGAGCGUGUGCAGAAGCACCUGAAGGCCCUCACUUCGGAGCUGGCCAAUGCCCGAGAUGAGUCCAAGAAGACUGCCAAUGACAUGAUCCAUGCUGAGAACAUGCGGCUGGGCCGAGACAAAUACAAGACCCUGCGCCAGAUCCGGCAGGGCAACACCAAGCAGCGCAUUGAUGAAUUUGAGUCUAUGUAAUGGGCACCCAGCCUCUAGGGACCCCUCCUCCCUUUUUCCUUGUCCCCACACUCCUACACCUAACUCACCUAACUCAUACUGUGCUGGAGCCACUAACUAGAGCAGCGCUGGAGUCAUGCCAAGCAUUUAAUGUAGCCAUGGGACCAAACCUAGCCCCUUAGCCCCCACCCACUUCCCUGGGCAAAUGAAUGGCUCACUAUGGUGCCAAUGGAACCUCCUUUCUCUUCUCUGUUCCAUUUAAUCUGUAUUGCUAGAAUAUCCUACUUCUCCAGCCUAGAGGUACUUUCCACUUGAUUUUGCAAAUGCCCUUACACUUACUGUUGUCCUAUGGGAGUCAAGUGUGGAGUAGGUUGGAAGCUAGCUCCCCUCCCCUCCCUUACCACUGUCUUCUUCAGGGUCCUGAGAUUUACAGGGUUGGAGUGUUACGCGGUCUAGGGAAUGAGACAGGACCUUGGAUAUCUGCUCCAGGAUGUCACCUGACCUUAAAUUUGUCCUCCCAUCCCGUUUAGAGUUAUUUAGGCUUUGUAAUGAUUGGGGGAUAAAAAGAUGUUCAGUAAUUUUUGUUUCUACCUCCCAGAUUGGACCUGUUACAAACUCAGCCUCAAUAAGCCUUGUCGUUGACUUUAGGGACUCAAUUUCUCCCCAGGGUGAAUGGGGGAAAUGGUGCCUUCAAGAGCCUUCACCAAACGUACUAGAAGGUCAUUGGCCAUUCUAUUCUGGCAAGGCUGAGUAGAAGAUCCUACCCCAAUUCCUUAUAGGAGUAUAGGCCUGUCUAAAGUGAGCUCUAUGGGCAGAGCUACCCCUUACUUAUUAUUCCAGAUCUGCGGUCACUUCGUGGGAUCUGCUCCUCCCUGCUUUAAUACCCAAAUCCUCUCCAGCAAUAACAGUAGGGAUGAGUACCCAAAAGCUCAGCCAGCCCCAUCAGGACUCUUGUGAAAAGAGAGGAUAUGUUCACACCUAGUGUCAGUAUUUUCCCUGCCAGGGGUUUUAGGUCUCUUCCCCUCUUAGAGCUACUUGGGCCAUAGCUCCUGCUCCACAGCCAUCCCAGCCUUGGAAUCUAGAGCUUGAUGCCAGUAGGCUCAACUAGGGAGUGAGUGCAAGAAGCUGAGUAUGGUGAGAGAAGCCUGUGCCCUGAUCCAAGUUUACUCAACCCUCUCACGUGACCAAAAUCCCCUUCUCAUCACUCCCCUCCAAAGAGGUGACUGGGCCCUGCCUCUGUUUGACAAACCUCUAACCCAGGUCUUGACAUCAGCUGUUCUGUACCUUGGAGCUGUAAACCAGAGAGCUGCUGGGGAUUCUGGCCUAGUCCCUUCCACACCCCCACCCCUUGCUCUCAAUCCAGGAGCAUCCACCUCCUUCUCUGUCUCAUGUGUGCUCUUCUUCUUUCUACAGUAUUAUGUAUUCUACUGAUAUCUAAAUAUUGAUUUCUGCCUUCCUUGUUAAUGCACCAUUAGAAGAUAUUAGUCUUGGGGCAAGAUCAUUUUGGCCUCAUUCCUUUACCACCCCCACACCUGGAAAGCAUAUACUAUACUACAAAAUGACAUUUUGCCAAAAUUAUUAAUAUAAGAAGCUUUCAGUAUUAGUGAUGUCAUCUGUCACUAUAGGUCAUACAAUCCAUUCUUAAAGUACUUGUUAUUUGUUUUUAUUAUUACUGUAUGUCUUCUCCCCAGGGUUCAGUCCUCAAGGGGCCAUCCUGUCCCACCAUGCAGUGCCCCUAGCUUAGAGCCUCCCUCAAUUCCCCCUGGCCACCA